CCUCCGCCGGGCUGAGCUGCCGGGUGGCAGGUGGCUGGAGCCGGGCAGGGGCAGAACCUGUUGCUGCAGCCCGGGGUGGGCGCUCCUGGUCCCGAGGUCCCCUGGCUCCGCGGUGUGCAGGUCCAUCAUGAGUGAGAAGUGGGACUCAAACUUUUCAGAAAACUGGCAUUAUAUUUUGAGUGUCAAUGACACAAAGCCUAAUCUGUACUCAGACAUCAAUAUCACCUACGUGAACUACUAUCUUCAUCAUGCUCAAGUGGCAGCAGUCUUCUUUAUUUCCUACUUUCUGAUCUUCUUCCUGUGCAUGGUGGGAAAUACAGUGGUCUGCUUCAUUGUAAUGAGGAACAAACAUAUGCACACAGUCACUAAUUUCUUCAUCUUGAACCUAGCCAUAAGCGAUUUGCUAGUCGGUAUAUUCUGUAUGCCUAUCACGCUUCUGGACAACAUUAUAGCAGGAUGGCCAUUUGGAAGCACAAUGUGCAAAAUCAGUGGUUUGGUUCAGGGAAUAUCCGUUGCGGCUUCAGUCUUUACAUUGGUUGCAAUAGCAGUGGAUAGGUUCCGGAGUGUUGUCUACCCUUUUAAACCAAAGCUCUCUAUCAAGACAGCAGUCGUCAUUAUUGUGAUCAUCUGGGUCCUGGCCAUUGCCAUUAUUUCCCCAUCUGCAAUAAUGUUACAUGUACAAGAAGAAAAAUAUUACCGAGUGAAACUCAAUUCUGAGAAUAAAACCAUGCCUGUCUACUGGUGCCGGGAGGACUGGCCAAAUAAAGAGAUGAGGAAGAUCUACACCACUGUGCUGUUUGCUAAUAUCUACUUGGCUCCCCUGUCCCUCAUUGUCAUCAUGUAUGGGAGGAUUGGAAUUUCACUCUUCAAGGCGACAGUGCCUCACACAGGCAAGCAGAACAAGAAGCAGUGGCACGUGGUGUCCAAGAAGAAGCAGAAGGUCAUUAAGAUGCUCCUGAUUGUGGCCCUACUUUUUAUUAUCUCCUGGCUGCCCUUGUGGACUCUGAUGAUGCUCUCAGACUACGCUGAGCUGUCUCCAAAUGAACUGCAGGUCAUCAACAUCUACAUCUACCCUUUUGCGCAUUGGCUGGCCUUUUGCAAUAGCAGCAUCAACCCCAUCAUUUAUGGUUUCUUCAAUGAGAAUUUUCGCCGUGGCUUUGAAGAUGCUUUUCACCUCCAGUUCUGCCAAAAAAGAGCACAGUCCAAGGAAGCCUAUGCCCUAAGAGCUGACAACAAUGUGGUCAUAAAUACAUCUCACCCGUUAGCCCACGAACCUACAAUUCAAGACACACACGAGGAAAUUUUCUUUAGAAACAGUGUGGAAAACCCCAGACAGAAACUGAUGGAAGAAUUAGAAGGAACUACCAAUAGCAAUGAGAUUUAAAAAAAAAGCUGGGGUGAUGAUUUCAACUCUACUGUGUCAUAUAUUAAAAUGCUGUUGCUACCUAUAGUUUUGUACUUCAAUUGUUUCUAAGAAUGUUCCAGAGAAAACAUGUAGAGAAAGACCCCUCUGAAAAAAAAGUAAAAAAAAAAAAAAUGGUUAACCAAUCUUACAGCAUGUAGAAUAUGUAAAAUGACGAAUAUAUUUGCCUGGAUAAAAUCUAUUUUCUAGAAACAUAUUGCAAAGCUUGACCUUUUCAACUUAACUAUUUGUGUAUGAGACAAGCAUGUGUAUUAUGUCUAUUGAUACACGCACACAUGAAUGCAUAUGUGGGCAUGCAUGCACACACACAGAGUUCCCAUAUGGCGAUAAAUUGGUAGUUCUUUGCAUGAGAGUACAUUUUAUCAAGUCUCCCCUUGCUUUUCUAUUUUAAAUUUUAGAUUAAAAAUUGUCUCUUUGUGCUUUUAAAAUGUACUUAUCUUUCUCAGAAAUGAGAAUUAUAAUUGCAAAUAGAGGGACAUUAUAUUUCUUUGUAUUUAAAAGUUUAUUUUUUUUUAAAGGAAUGGAGUUACAGUUGGUAAAAUCAUAGCAUUGUUCCAUAGGCGUUAUUGUCAGUUUUUAAAUAUUUUUAUAAAUGAGGUUUAUGCCCUACUUGAGUCCAUGUUUCUUACAGAGGUGAUUCAGAACCCAAUUUAAUCCCCUUGUUAAUAAAUUAUAUGACACAGAAAAAGCAAAUCUCUCAGUGGAGCAGUUGGCAGAAGAAUGGCAGCUCUCUUUUGAAGUGCUUAAUCAGGGACACUCAAAAUCAUCUAAGACUCCCAUAAGGUCUGUACAGAGCCAAACCAAUUAUUCCGAAUUUUCUACCAAGCACAACACUUACAUCCAGCACUCCUACUGGUUUAGUAAAUUGGUACUACUGUUAUGAAGAGAAUUGCAACCCCCUGAAUUCCCCUGUGUUACAAUUAUGUUGAUGAUAGUUGUAAAUGCUAGCUUUUAGGGUGACAUAAGUCCC